GUGAUGCUGAAAAGAAAUAUAUCGCUUCACAAGGUCCAAAUGAUGUUAUUAUUAAAGAGUUUUUGCGAUUAUUGUGGGUUUCACAGACUGGAAAGAUUGUUAUGUUGACCAACCUGUUUGAAUUGGGAACUGAAAAAUGUUUUAAGUAUUGGCCGGACAGUGGCGAAGAAAUAAAGUUUGGUCAAAUUUCGAUGACAUUGGUCAGUGAAGAGAAUUUUUCUCAUUUCACAAUUAGAACUCUCAAAAUCUCGAAGGAUGAAUGUGGAUCUAGAACCAUUAAACAAUAUCAUUUUACAUCAUGGCCUGAUAAAGGUGUUCCUACUGAUAUUGCGUCAUUGCUUGAAUUCAGAAGUAGAGUGAUUAAAGAGGUAUCACCACAUCCUGGACCAAUGGUGAUACACUGCAGUGCUGGUAUUGGACGAACGGGAACGUUUAUAGGUUUAGAUUAUCUGAUAGAAGAAGCUAGAGCAGAAGGGUCUGUAGAUAUCUAUGAAUGUGUUAAACAGAUGAGAUAUGAACGAGUUAACAUGGUCCAGGCAUGGGAACAAUAUGUAUUUCUACAUGAUGCUUUAGCUGAAUGGUAUAUAGCUGGAGAUAUUACAUUUCCUGUGACGUCAUAUCAAAAGGACUAUCAGGCGUUACUGAAGGUCAAUAAAACGUCUGGUAAAUCACAGCUUCAAGAACGAUUUGAGAUGCUUAAUGAUGUGUGUCUACCACAAAGUACAGCCGAUUGUUCAGUAGCUUUAUCAGAAGAAAACAAGAAUAAGAACAGAGAUCUGUCAAUAUUAGCAUCCGAUAAAGUUCGACUGUGCUUAUCAAAACCACAGACCACAGAUUAUAUCAAUGCUUUAUUUCUAUCGAGUUACAAAAAGAAACGUGCUUAUAUAUUGACCCAAACACCCUUACCAGAUACAGUGAUAGAUUUCUGGACGAUGGUUGUAGAACAAGACGUUACUACAAUAGUUAAUAUGGAUAUUAUAGAAACAGGAAAGGAUAUUGGACAAUAUGUACCAGGAAUUGAUGAACUGAAUUGUGGACAAUAUACUAUUACUAAAACAGAUGAAACGGAAUAUGAGAAUACAAUUUAUUCAGUGGUGACCUGUUCAAUUAAAAGUGAAACAUAUGAUAACCUACAACGAACAGUCAAAAUUUAUCAGUGCAAUUUCUGGAAUACACAGAGAGGGGUACCAACGUCUGCUGGGCCAAUAUUUAUUCUCUUAGAAGAUAUAAAAACAUGGUCUCAAGAACAUGAAGAUGGGUCUAUCGUAGUUCAUUGUCUCAACGGUGUAGAGAAAUCGGGUGUAUUCUGUGUUCUAGCAGCUAUAUUAGAAAGAUUAACUAUAGAACAAGAUGUCAGUAUUUUACAGACUUUAGUUCAACUACGAGUUUCUAGACCUCAGAUUAUCACGUCUUUUGAGCAGUUAAAAUUUUGUUUUGAUGCAGUUGGUGAAUAUCUAGAUGAGUUUGCUGUUUAUGCUAAUUCCUGCUAAUAUAUAUGUCAAUUCCUACAUAAGUUUAUAUCUGUUAUUGUUUUAAAAAUAAUAUUGUUCUUCUAUUGUACUUCUAUCGUUACUGAAAAUGUAUAUACUGUAUAUAUAAUUUUCUAAAAAUGUAUCUUAAUAUAACCCAUAUAUCUCAUUUAUAUUUCAUAAUUAUAUAUAUUAUACUUCUUUUGUCAUUCAAAGUGUAUAUAAUAUUCUUAACGUCUAUCUUAUAAUAUGUCAUAUUUCAUAUAUAUUUCAUAAUCAUGUAUAUUAUACUUCUAUUGUCAUUCAAAGUGUAUAUAAUAUUCUAAACCUCUAUCUUAUAACCCAACAUAUUUCAUAUAUUAUCCAUAAUUAUGUAUAUUAUAUUUUUGUUGCAAAUCAAAGUGUAUAUAAAAUUCUAAAGCUCUAUCUUAUAAUAUGUCAUAUUUCAUAAUUAUGCAUUUUGCCCACUAUAUUUCUAUUGUCAUCUAAUGUAUAUAUUAUAUUAUAAACGUCAAUCUUAUAAUUUUCCAGUUUAUAUAAAACGUAAUAUUGUAAACGCGUAUCUCGCUUGGGUAGUAACUAAAAAUAUUGUUGCUUGACGAACUAGUCCCUUAAUCCCAUUGCGUACGUCCACUACCAAUAAACGGUAUGGUUAAUUGAAAGUGUAAUGUAUGGUGGCCUAUCGUUAUCAUUCAGGAUUUAACAAAAUUUCUUUAAAAACCUAAAUAAAAUGAAAUGAAAAUGAAAAUGAAAAACAAAAUCAAAAUAAAAAGUAAAUUAAAAGCAAAAGUUCAACCAAAAGCAAAAGUUAAAUCAAAACUAAAAAUUAAAUCAAAAGCAAAAUUAAAAGUAAAAGUAAAACCAAAAUGUAAAUAAAACACAAAUGAAAACUAAAAUCAUUUUUAAAAGUAAUUUGAAAAGUUCAACUAAAAGCAAAAGUUAAAUCAAAACUAAAAAUUAAAUCAAAAGCAAAAAUAAAAAUAAAAGUAAAACCAAAAUGUAAAUUAAAAUCAAAACACAAAUGAAAACUAAAAUCAUUUUUAAAAGUAAUUUGAAAUGUAAAACAAAAGUAAAAGUAAAAAGCAAAAUAAAAAUAUUUGUCGGCCUAUCGCUAUCAUUCAACUUUUUUCACGCAAAAGUAAGAUAAAAAUAUUUGGUCGGCCUAUCGCUAUCAUUCAACGUCCUUGACCCCAAUCGGUAACCGUCGGCUAUUUCCAACCGCUUCGAUUCGACGGUUUGUUCUCCCGCGGUACAAAUAAAACUGAAUCAGAAUAGUAUUUUCUUAUGGAAUGCGAAAAUUAUGAAGAUUUGCGA